AUGCGGCCGCCCAGCAUGUCCGGGCACUUUCUGCUCGCGCCCAUCCCCGAGUCCUCCGACUACCUCCUGCCCAGGGACAUCAAACUGGCCGUGCUGGGCGCCGGCCGCGUGGGCAAGAGCGCAAUGAUUGUGCGCUUCCUAACCAAGAGAUUCAUCGGCGAUUAUGAACCGAAUACAGGCAAGUUGUACUCACGGCUAGUGUGUGUCGAGGGCGACCAGCUGUCCCUGCAGAUCCAGGACACCCCCGGGGGAAUCCAGGUCCAAGACAACCUCAUGCAGGUGGUUGACUCCCUGUCCAAAUGCGUGCAGUGGGCCGAGGGCUUUCUGCUGGUUUAUUCCAUCACAGACUACGACAGCUACCAGUCGAUCCGCCCCCUUUACCAGCACAUCCGGAAGGUCCACCCUGACUCAAAGGCCCCUAUCAUCAUCGUCGGCAACAAGGGGGACCUUCUGCAUGCCCGGCAGGUGCAGACUGAUGAUGGUGUUCAGCUAGCCAACGAGCUGGGCAGCCUGUUCCUUGAAAUUUCCACCAGUGAAAACUAUGAAGAUGUCUGUGAUGUGUUUCAGCAUCUCUGCAAAGAAGUGAGCAAGCUGCACGGCCUCAGCGGAGAGAGGAGACGGGCCUCCAUCAUUCCUCGGCCACGCUCUCCCAACAUGCAAGACCUGAAGAGGCGCUUUAAGCAGGCUCUGUCUCCCAGAGUCAAAGCCCCCUCCGCACUGGGGUGA